UUUGUCUGUUUCACUACUAAUACCAAGAGUUGUCCAAAAUUCUGUUGUUUCACUUUUCUUUGUCCAGCCAUUUUUCCCCUGUCCAACUGUUCCCUCCCUUUCUUCUCUGCUUAUCAAAACUACAUCUUUCUUCUAUUGGCUGCUUCUCUAAGUUUUUGCUGUGAAUUUCACGUGUGGGGUGUUUCAAUUUCUGUUUUCAAGAAUUCUUGAGGUUUAAUUACAAGUUACUAAAGGUACAUUUUUGUUGGCAUCAUCAAUGAGAUAUUGAUUGGUACUGAAGUCUGUUCUUAGUAGUCAUGGAUGCCGAUUCAGCUGCAACAUUUAACGAUCAGAAGGAAAAAUUGAAUACUUUUCUUGAGAUUGCCAAUACGGAAAAGCAACUCUUGACAUCAAUUUACUCUAAAGGCCUGUUGCACAAAGAUGUCCAAGAAUUGUACCACAAAGCCCGUAGCAGCUAUGAGAAUAUUAUUGUAAAUAAUUAUGAAGUAGUGGGGCUUCAAGAAGUUGAAUUCUCUCUGUGGAAACUUCACUAUAAACACAUUGACGAGUUCCGUAAAAGGAUUCGGCAGGCUAAUUCUGAGAAAAGGAAAAUUGAAGCACAAGAAGGUGAUUCAAGUGCUGCCCGAGAGAUUGACAAUCAUAUGGAAGGGCUCAGGUCAUUUCUAUCUGAAGCUACCGAAUUCUAUCAGGAGUUAACUAAAAAACUCAGAAAAAGUUGUGGGCUCCCCGGGGAACUGUUACUCUGUAGGAACGGUAGCAUCUCGCUGAAGCUGCCUCAAUGCCAAUAUGCAUGCCACCGUUUUCUAAUUUGUCUGGGAGACCUGGCCAGAUAUGGUGAACUUUGUAAGAAACCGGAUGCAUGUAAGUGGUCAUUAGCGGCCACAUACUACUUUGAAGCAUCUAGGAUAUGGCCAGACAGUGGAAAUCCACAUAAUCAGCUUGCACUAUUGUCAACAUACACUGGUGACCCUUUCCUUGCCUUAUACCAUUGCAUUAGAAGUUUAGCUGUUAAGGAACCAUUCCCUGAUGCCUGGAACAAUCUUAUGCUACUCUUUGAAGAGAACAGGUCAUCUGUUUUGCAUUCAUAUUCCAGUGGAGCUCACCUUGAUUUGCUAAAACCAUCAGCGUGGUGUUCCAUGGAUGCUAAACAUGGUGCAACUAGCGGUUCCUCAAACAAGAAUAUGCCAGAAGCCACUGAAACUGUUACCUCUAUGAAAGCUGAUAUAUGGCUUCUGUUUGUCAGAUUGAUGAGUUUCUUUCUUGUGCACUCCAGCUUGGAAGACUUUCAAUCUACUCUUGCAUCCACUGUGGGACAAUUGGAAGGUCUGGUUGUAAUGGGUGAUGAUGAACUAAAGGCUGCUCUGGAGUCAUAUCAGUUAAUGGAUCCAUUGAGAAAAGGCCCUUAUCGUGCUCUUCAACUUGUCUCUGUUUUCAUCUUUAUCUUCCAUAGCCUGACUGAGAGUGGGGAUCCAAAGAAAGAUAACAAGCAGCAAUCUGCAUUGACAGAACUGGCAGUAGCUGCUACUUUUAUUUGUGCUGGUCGCCUUGUCGAGAAAGCCACAACAAGGCACACUUGCCCCCUUUUACCCACCAUCUGUGUGUUUGUAGAGUGGUUAGCGAACAUACUUGAUAGAGCAGAAGCACAUGCAACAGAUAAAAAGGUCCAGAGUGCUAUGUCUUACUUUUUUGGUGCUUUAGCUGAUCUUCUGAAUCGGCUUGAUCCUUGUGAGAAUGAACUUGCUCCAGAACGUACUGCUCUUUGGGAAGACCAUGAACUGAGGGGGUUUGAUCCCAUGGCCCAUGUUCACAAGUCUUUGGACUUCACGAGCCAUUUGGAUUGCAUAGAUAAUUUCAGUACUAAGAGUGUGUGUCGUUCACGGCGUAUCUUUCGUGCAGCAACUAAACUGGCUCACAGAUCCAGUCACUUAAGAAAAUGGAUCUCUUGUGAUAAAACAGGCAAAAGAUUCCACAUCGUGGAUUCUGAAUUAGCAGAUAAGGGAAAGUCAGGAGUAGCUGAAUCUGGUUCGACUCUUCAGCUAAAAGAGUCCUAUCAGAAUAAUUGUGGAAUGGCAAAGGAAAACGGAGAGAGUCAAGAUCACCCUUGCCAAUCCAUUAGCGCAGAUGAGGAAGAAGUUAUUCUUUUCAAGCCCAUCACAAGGCAUAACUCAGAACCAAUAUAUACCUCAUGUCAUCAAUUCUCCAUCAAUGUUACCAGUGGAACUGUGACUUCUGAUGAAUCUUUGCGCCGUGCAACAUCGUUGAUUUCUGAGCAAAGUCAUCCACAGAAUGAUAUUUUCAGUUUCCGUCCCGAAAGUACAAACUUGAGGUACAGCAAGCAAUCUGCAGCUUUCCCUGCCGGACCUCCAUCUCUGAAUGCUUGGGUCCUUGAGAAGGAAAGUCCAAGAAACGAGAGGAAUUUAAAUAAGCAGCAGUUAAGCCCAAUUGAUGAACUAGCUUCUGAAUCUUUAUCUGGUCUCUCCUUAAAGGAAACUAGAGAUCACAAAGUUUGUUCCAUGCCAGUUUCUGCAGCUAUUCAUGAUACUCCUCCUUAUGUUACUCCAGUGCCCUCAGCUCCAUUGUUACCCGAAGAUGCUUCUUGGUUUAAGGGAAACUCACCCGUCUUCCCUGACAAGAGUGCAUUUGGGACCAAGGAAGGGGACGGUAUUCUUGGCGCAUCACCAGUGAGUGGAUACUCAAGUCCAUCUACAGUUCGUGGACCGCUUGAUUUUGUUGCAGGUGCUCCACGCUUUGUUGAGGGGUACCCUCCACUACUUGGCAUGAGUUCAUCUGAAUGGCUGUAUCACUACAGAAACAGUCAAAACUUUGAGCGAGUCAGCAACCCGGUAUGGCCUGUUCACUCAAAUGCACCAGCAACCUAUGGAAACUUGAACGCGACCAAUCUUACCAGGUUUGAUGUCUUAGAUCAGUGGGGAAAUCACUUGGCGUCUAGUCCCAUGGUAUACUUGGAGAGCCCACAGUUGCAUCCAAGUCCCCCCCUUGCCUAUGGUGCAGAAGAACAAAGAAUGGAUAAACAUUUUCUUGGUUACCAAAGAGCAUUCCCGUAUGUAUGUGGCACUGGGAUGGACUUGAGACAGGAGCAGCCAACGCUUCUUAACUAUCUCAAAGAGAGAGAAUGGCAAAUGCCACCAGAGUCUCAAUAUAAAGGUCCUAAUUUUAUGGGAAACUAAGCUCUAUAAAUACUCAUGUCUAUCAGGCAUUUUUCCACCUGCAUUGCCUUACUUCUAGACUUAUAAAUACAUGAAUUGCGGCAUCACAAACUUUCUAAGUGUGAAAUUGUACCAAUUUAGAUGGAUGAAAAAUAGAAAUGUAUGCAUUUGGUUGGUUGUGAAAUGAGAAAGUGUUUUCAAGAAUGUUGUAACUUGUAGAAUUGUUGAAGUAUAGAGCAUGAGCAUACUGAUUGUGUAAUCGAAGAUUUAACUCAUUUCUAUUAAGUUGUCGUAUUGUUUCAA